GAGAGAGACAAACCCCUCCCCAGAAAAUCAAGUCAUUUCAGCAUGUCACCUCUGUAGUGAGAGCAGAGGAGGACUGAAAGGGGAGACAGAGACAGGCAGAGUGAGAGAAAGGAGAGCUGCAGAAACAACUGGGUGAACUUUGGAAAAAGAAGAGAACUGCGGCAACACAUGUAGAGAGUUCCCAGUUUUCUGCUUUGGUUGUUUGAACUUUCCUUACACAGAUCUGGACAGUGUUUCCCGCUUCGCCAUGGCAGGCAGGUGGAACCUCCUGAUACUGGCUCUGUACCUCUCCUUCGUUGUGGUCUGGUCAAAACCAUCCUGCCCUAAAGGAUUUAAUCUUGUGAAGAAAAGCUGCAUUGAUGACGAUGAAUGUGCUGUUGAUGACGAUGAUCCUGACUAUAUUGGGCCCUGUGGAGAGAAUGCGGUCUGCCUCAACACAAAUGGCAGCUUCUACUGCCAGUGUGUUGAUGGUUUCAGAUCAUCAACGCAGACUGUGAAUUUUUCAGCUGAAACCUCUGCAACAUGUAAAGAUGUCAAUGAGUGUUUGGAGGACCCAGGCCUCUGUGGACCUAAUGCCCUAUGCUUUAACACGAUUCCACAUUACUCCUGCAUUUGUGAUGAUGGAUUCGUUUCCACUACUGGAGUGGAAAGUUUUCAUCAGGGUGACAAUGUAACAUGUAGAGAUAUCGACGAAUGUCAAGAGGAAAAGGUUUGCGGUCAGAAUGCAGCGUGCAUCAACACACCAGGCAGUUAUCACUGUAUCUGUAAUGCUGGCUUUCGACUGAAAUCUGGCAGAUCUAACUUCUCUGGAAAUCAAGAGCAAUGUGAAGACAUCUGUAUGAUUGAUAAGACAAUCUGCGGAAAUGGAACCUGCCACCGUGGAGCCAGUGGCUAUCACUGUGCAUGCCACGCAGGGUUCACCAACUAUGGCAACAAAGGGUCUCACUGCACUGAGUUAAACUGUGGUGUUUUUAAAGAUAUGAACAGUCUGACAGAGGAAUUUCGAGUUGCUUAUGAUCUUUUAAUGCGGUUGGAAAAAACCUGUCUGGAGCUUACAGAAAGUGAGAAUCCAACGGUGCUGGAUGGAGAUGGCAUGCUUAAGAGACUGUUGUCUUUAAUGGACGAGCUCUUGUCCAGUGGAGCCAUCAAGGAUAACAGGAAAGUCUCCGCCUUUCUGGACAUGGUGGAAAAUGCUCUGAGGCUCAUAGGACCUUUCAUUAAGCCCCCUGGAACAACGAGAUCCUCCACUCACACAGAGCUGGAGCUGCGGGUACAUGAGGGGGCUGACUUACCCCAGGGAGCUGUGAAUUUAUCAUCCAAACAAGCCCAGCUGGACAUGCUGUAUGAGACAGCUGCUGGAGAUCCCUCCUAUUACCCUGGCUUUACAACAGUGUCUUUGCUGAGCUACGCAAAUCUGGAAGACUACGCAGAUGGCUUCUUUCAUGGAAUGAAACAAUUGGACCAAAGCUUUAAGAUCAACUCUAAAGUCGUGUCUGUUACUGUCAGUAACAGCAACACAAGCCACCUCGAACAGCCAGUCAGAUUAACUCUCCAGCACUUGAAACAGUCAAAUCAGUCUAACCACACUUGUGUGUUCUGGGAUUCCUCUGAUGAAGGAGGGACAUGGUCUCCUCGUGGCUGCAGUGUGGUGAAGUCCAACCCUGAAUACACUGUGUGCUCCUGUAACCAUCUGAGCAGCUUUGCUGUGCUCAUGGCGCUCCAUGACAUUGAGAACAAGUUUGAGUUGCAGCUGAUCACCUGGGUGGGUCUGUCCCUUUCUCUAAUUUGCCUUUUCAUCUGCAUCCUGACAUUCUGGUUGAUCCGCUCCAUCCAAAGUCCAAGAACCACCAUCCACCUGCACCUCUGCAUCAGCCUCUUCAUUGCCACCCUUAUCUUCCUUGCAGGCAUCUCUCGUACAGAGAACCGGGUUGGCUGUGCAAUGGUAGCAGGACUGCUGCAUUUCUUCUUCCUGGCAGCAUUUUGCUGGAUGUGUCUGGAGGGUAUACAGCUCUUCAGGAUGGUAGUCCUGGUCUUUAACACCAACUGCAAAACCCUUUACAUGAUGGCCGGAGGCUAUGGAGUUCCAGCUGUAAUUGUCAGUAUCUCCGCCAUAGCUAAUAGCAAGGGCUAUGGCACUGAUAAAUAUUGCUGGUUGAACCUGGAAUUGAUUUGGAGUUUCUUCGGCCCUGCCUGUGUCAUCAUCGUUAUCAACGUUUUCUUCUUUCUCAUUACUGUGUGGAAGCUGGUACAGAAGUUCUCAAGUUUAAACCCUGACCUGAACAAUCUGCAGAAAAUAAAGGCAUUCAUCAUCACUGCAGUGGCUCAGCUGUGUGUCUUGGGCACCAUGUGGAUCUUUGGUUGUUUCCAGUUUGAGGGCGGCACCCUUGCCAUGUCUUACCUAUUCACCAUCUUUUGCAGCCUUCAGGGGGUCAUGCUCUUUGUCAUGCACUGUCUGUUUUCCAAACAGGUGAGGGAUGAGUAUAGAAACAUCCUGUCCAGAUUCUGUGCACCUAGGAAGAAGACCUACUCCGAGUUCAGUUACUCACACUCCAGCAAAGCUCAUGCAUCCAAGAGCACCCAGGACACCGGAGAGUCUCACAUCUGAGAAGCUAAACGGUGACAUGGGAGCAACGUCUGACUUAUGUCCUGAAGACUGCCAUCUCAGAUAUAUGGCCAACUACUGUCCUGCCAUUUUGCAACUGUUUGCUUCACUGCAAAAUGUUGUUGUAAAUAAUUUCUUCCUACUGUGUUUUCUUUAACUUUUUUAACUUUUCAUUGUUUGAGACGGUUCCUUUAUUUGAAGCUAUUGAAAUGGCUGUUGGUUGUUCUAAUUUAAUAUGAAUUAAUUUCCUAAUUUAUUUUUUUAUUAAAUUGAUUUAUUUCAGAAUUAGAAAAUAAUAAAUGACAUUCGACAGUGAGCAUGACCAUCAUGCAGACUACUCUGUCUUGAAAAACUGAAUGUUUGGAUAUUUAAGCAAAGCUGUUAACAUGACACAUGAUUAAAGCCCAUAGUGUGCUUUACUUCCAUGCCAACACUGAUAUUAUCUCCAAAUGAUUUUUUCAUGUGUGGAAAAAAAAUGGAAUGAUUUUGGACCAAAAUAUUGUAUAUACAUACAUAUAAGACCUGUUUCAUCAGGUAUGUCUAAUAUGGCUUGUUGUGUCCUCCUGGUACUUUAUUCAACGAGCAAAGACAAUCUGAAAGACAUGUCUGAGGCUAAUACUUUGUUUCUGCAUAACUAUAACCACCACAUUUGAAUUGAUAUUAUCUUAAUAUGACCAAGGAGGACAAUGUGAGAAAGAAAUGUAUUUUAAAUGUAUGUUUGUGUAUAUAUUGCUGGGCAAUUCAAUAUGUAUAACAGUAAGUGACUGCAUUCCUGCUCCAUUCAGAAUGCUGUAACAUGUUAAAUGUAUUAGAUCUACAUAUUUGUUUAGAAUGAAAAGAGUUUUUUUAUUUCCCAAGUUUAGAUAAUAAAUGUUUCAAAACUUGAAUGUUUAGAGGAUGCCUCUCCUGGAAGCUUUACAUUAAAGAAAUAUUUUGAUAU